CGCCGAGCGUACUCGCUUCGGCAGUCGAUCGCGGCGCGAGCAUACGAACCUGUUCAGGUGUAACUUCCUCGCGUUUUCCUCGUGCAUCGCAAACAGCGAUUUGAGUGCAAUGCAAACAGCGAGACCGAGCGUCACGUAAACACGUGCAACUAUUAUUUUUCGUAAUUAAAAUCAGUCGUCGCCGAUACAUCUGAACGCGUCAAGUUCGCGUCAACAAAGAACGAAUUUUAUGGUUCAAAGACAAUUAUCCUCGCAUUUUUUUUUGUGGUGAACACGCGGAGUAAAACGACUGAAAAUAGCAAAAAUGUCGCAGUUAAUCAGAUACAGAACGCUCGUUCUUGUGAUUUUUUGUGGAUCGGUGAUGUCCCAUAAGGGUGACAUAUUAUUUCCUGACCAGAUAAGUCCAAGACAGUCAAAGCCUCCGGUCGAACCAAGAACAGCAGAAAACACCGCAUUGUUAUUGCGGUCGCAGUCAUCGGAAACAGUCAGGAAAAUCAAUUCGCCAGAAGAGUUCCUUCGAAUGAUCGGUGUAUCGCCGUCACAAGUCUUCCUUACUAGCAGAAUGGGUGAACCUGAAGAACGCUCGAAUAGUGAAAUGGCAAAGCAAGCUAACUGUGAGCCUUCACCAACCGUAGUUCCUACAUAUCAACGUAACGAUCCAUCUAUCGUCUAUUUUCCCCGGUGUACACGAGUCAAAAGAUGCACAGGUUGUUGCGGAAACGAGUUACUCUCUUGUCAGCCAAAGGAAAUAGAAACCCGAAAUUUUGAAAUCAUGCUGGCAAAAUUGACAGCGCAAGGUAGAUUCGAGUACCAAGGCAAACAAGUCGUACCAAUAGAUGAGCACAUCAGAUGCGGAUGUGACUGCGUAAUAAAACCAUCGGAUUGUACGCCCAAACAGGUUUAUAAGGAGAACUUAUGUAGAUGCGUGUGCAGCAACACGGACGAUCGAGCGAAAUGUAUUGAACACCCAGAUAAAAUCUGGGAUUCGAUAUAUUGUAGCUGUUCUUGUAGAAACGCACAUGAAUGUUCGACCGGCUUCUUUUACAACCAGAAUACGUGCAGAUGUGAGCAAUUACCGAUAUCUAGAUCCUGGUUUACAUCUACGAAAGGGACUGAUUAUAGAUUUGGGCAAACACAAAAACCAGAUGAACCACCAGUAAUAAUUCCUCUAGAUGCAAAUGAUCCUAGGAGGAAACCUAAACCAGAUCCAGAAUAGAAGUCUUCCAUUUAUAAACUAAAUGUGAAUCAUAAGACUUUUAUAAGACAGCUAUUUUAAUAGCAUUUAUUUAAGUUAAUUUUUCACCUUUGUGCCAUUUUGCUACACACACACACAUACACGCACAUACAAUAUAUAAUUACAGUAUUUACAUAAUAUGUAUUAUUAAUCCAUUCUUGUAAGGUAUAAAUGAAUGUACCCUUAAAAUUAAAACGCACUGUGAUAUAAACAAAUAUAAUUAUUUAAUGCAUAAGUGUACUAGCUACACUGUUUAGCAUCAAUUAGCAAAAGGUAUUUUAUUUAUAUAUCUUUUAUAUAUUGUCAUUUUAAAAAGUUAUACAAUUAUUGCGACCUAUCCUAUCUUGAUCUUAUUCGAAUACUGCCACUUUCGAUCGUUUUGUAGAUAUAUAAAAUCGCUGUUUUAUUAACUUUUAAAGAAGUUCUGCAUCUUUCAAAUUGAAUUGUUCAUCAACGUCCUAAUGUUCGCCGGGCAGAAUGAGAAUCAAAAAUCGUUGCAAAAUUUAUUUAUAUAUAGGACUUAUGUACAAUUUUGUAUAUUGUAAGCUAAACUUCAAGAAAUAUAAAUUGAAUUUUUCAGCUAUAAAUGUUUCGCAUAGUACAAUCACAAUCGCAGUCAAUCAA